UCAUUAUAUGGUCUAAGGUUGCCUUUACUUCUUUUUCUGGAACAGAGUUCCUUCUUUUGGUAUUUAAACCACUUCCCAUAAUCACUGCUCUCGUAUUUUCUCUUUGAAAAAGGCUUCUACUGAUUAUUAUGUAAACAAAACAAUUUUUUUGUGGGCUCUCCUUAAUCAUAUAUAUAUAUAAUAUAAACCACAUUUGUUUUUUUUAAACAAAGCUUAAAUCUUUGAUGCUUCAACAAUUUUUCUUCGUUUUCCAUGUUAAAGUGAGAAACUUGAGCAAUGGUGAGGAAAUGGGUUGUUUUCACUCUCAUUUUUCUGCUUCUCUUUAAUGGAUUUUCUUCAGUUUCUGCCACCCCACCUGCAAAAAUUGUAACUUCAGUUGCCUCAAAUGUGGUGUCUGUUCUUGUUAAAUGGCUAUUGUCACUAAAAUCAGAACCCAAAGCUGCUGUUUCGAGCCGUUCCAUGAUGAAAUUUGAAGGUGGAUACACUGUGGAAACAGUUUUUGAUGGAAGCAAGCUUGGUAUUGAACCAUUUUCUGUUGAAGUUUCCCCCAAGGGAGACCUCCUUGUGUUGGAUGCUGAAAAUAGUAACAUUUUCAAGAUUUCAUUGCCAUUGUCUAGGUAUAGCAGACCUAAGUUGCUUGCUGGAUCAUCGGAAGGGUACUCGGGGCAUGUAGAUGGGAAACCACGAGAAGCUAGAAUGAAUCAUCCGAAAGGGCUAACAGUGGAUGACAGUGGAAAUAUAUACAUUGCAGACACAAUGAAUAUGGCUAUCAGAAAGAUCAGUGAAUCAGGGGUUACAACUAUUGCUGGAGGAGGAAAAUGGAGUCGAGGAGGAGGCCAUGUUGAUGGUCCGAGUGAAGAUGCAAAAUUUUCGAAUGAUUUCGAUGUGGUUUACAUUGGAAGUAGCUGCACUCUUCUGGUUGUAGAUAGAGGAAACCAGGCAAUUCGUGAGAUCCAACUAAACGAUGAUGAUUGUUCAUAUCAGAAUGAUGGCAGUUUUCAUUUAGGUAUAGCAGUGCUUGUUGCCGCUGCGUUCUUCGGUUACAUGCUCGCCUUGCUACAGCGUAGGGUACAGGCAAUGUUCUCUUCCCAUGAUGACUCGAGAACUCCAAUAAAGAGAGGAGCAAUGAUGGCACCUGUGGCGCCAUAUCAUAGGCAUCCUAAUUCAGUCAGGCCUCCGUUAAUUCCCCCCGAAGAUGAACCUGAAAAGACAGAAGAGGGCUUCUUCGGUUCAAUCGGUAGGCUCAUCGUCAACUGUAGUUUAUCCGUGGCCGAACUCUUCGGGGGAUUAUUUUCUGGAUUCAGAAGGAAACCUCAGUAUUAUCAAUUUCAACAUCCGUACCAGCAACCAUCCAUGCAUCCAAGAGGAUGGUCCAUGCAGGAAAGUUUUGUCAUUCCUGACGAAGAUGAACCACCAUCCUUAGAUACUCGAACUCCGACACCAAAGAGAAGUUACCCAUUUCCGACCAAAGACCUGAAAAGGAAACACCAGAUCAAGCAAAGCAGGCCUUAUUACAAUGGAUGGGAUGUUGAUUAUCCUCAAGAGCAGCAAAUGCAGAUGCAUCACCAUCAUCAACAGCAGCAGCCGCAACAGCAGCGUCUGCAGAAGCAUUAUUCAUCGAACCCGCAAACGUAUUAUGAGAAGAACUGUGAGACAAACGAGAUCGUUUUCGGGGCAGUUCAAGAACAGGAUGGAAGACGCGAAGCCGUGGUGAUAAAGGCGGUAGACUAUGGGGAUCCGAUUUAUAGUCAUCACAACCUUCGACCUCGUUUGAAUUAUAUGGGCUACUCCCAUGGCUAUUGACCAUGUGGUCUAUUAUAAUCAAAUGAAAGUGAAACAAGGAUACAUUAAAGUUCAUAUGAAUGCAAUGAACAUGGAGGAGAUGUAGGACUGUGGAUGAUGAAAGUUUUACAUUGUUUUUCCUUUUUCAUUUAAAUUUUGACUUAGGAUAUGUU